CCAUUUCUGUCAUGGCGGCUCCGCUGGGCGGGAUGUUCUCGGGGCAGCCGCCGGGACCUCCGCAGCCCCCGCCGGGACUUCCGGGCCAGGCUUCCCUUCUUCACGCCACGCCAGGCGUCCCGAGAACUUCAAAUAGUACCUUGGUGGACGAAUUAGAGUCCUCUUUCGAGGCUUGCUUUGCCUCUCUGGUGAGUCAGGACUAUGUCAAUGGCACGGAUCAGGAAGAAAUUCGAACUGGUGUUGACCAGUGUAUCCAGAAAUUUCUGGAUAUUGCACGACAGACAGAAUGUUUUUUCCUACAAAAAAGAUUGCAGUUAUCUGUCCAAAAACCAGAGCAAGUUAUCAAAGAGGACGUGUCAGAGCUAAGGAAUGAAUUACAGCGGAAGGACGCGCUGGUUCAGAAGCACCUGACGAAGCUGAGGCACUGGCAGCAGGUGCUGGAGGACCUCAGCGUGCAGCACAAAAAGCCCACGGAAAUCCCACAGGGCUCCCUGGCCUACCUGGAGCAGGCGUCUGCUAACAUCCCUGCGCCCAUGAAGCAGACCUGAGUCCUGAGGGGCCCCGGCCUGUAGAGUCGGCCAAGGAGCCAGCCCUGCCGCUGCUCCCGCCUCUGGUGGACGUGGCCUGUGGGAGAGCGCAGCCUAGCCAGAGGGUGUUAGAUUUACGCUCCCCUGAAAUUUUCCCCCUAUUUUUAUAAGCUGUUAUCUUUAGAGAACUUUAUAAGAUUCCUGUAGUAGCUUCGGUAAAACCAUGUACUUUUUUUAUCUUUGGCAAAGUUGAGACUCCAUGCGUUGUGCUUAGGAAUUCCUUUUUUAUGCAUUUUGAUUUGUUUGCUUUUAAGUUUUUUUAAUUUUUGUAUGACUUUUAAUUUCUGUUUGUGUUUCCAGUUGUUAUAUUCGGUUGUAUGAUCUGAGAAAACAAUUUGUUUGAUCUGAUCAGAGAAUCGGAGGAUGGUGGCUGAAGGCCUUUCAUGGCGUCCCUCGGUAUAGGGGAAAGACAUAAAUUUGCUGUUUCAGAACUUUGAACUACCUCAAGAGGAGGAAUCUAAUGCAGCAGUGUUUGUAGUGCUUCCAGAGCUCUCCGAAUGAGGACCUCUUGUAAAUAUGUCAGAAGAGGAUUAGAAUAGUGUAGAAUAGUGCAGCAGUAUCCUUAAAGAGUUGGUGCUUAUUUGUGUUUAGGGGAAGUUUAUUUACUUUGGGACAAGUUUUAUUUAUUUUGUUGCGGGGGGAGGCAAGUGUAGUGGGAGUGGCUGGAUUUUGGCACGUUCUUCAGUAAUGAAUCCUUUUACGUAACAGGCAGACAGUGCUCUCACAGCAUGACGUGGGGUGCAGAGUAAGGGGUCAGAUCUUGCUGAGUUUGCUUCUGUCAUUUUCAUUUUGCUUUUUUGGGAUCAGAACUUUCCACGGGGAAGGUUCUUAUUGUUGGCUGGUGUUGAUCCAGGGGGUGGGCUUUAGGGUGACCCUCAGUGACUUACCUCUACACAGUGCUUGUUGGGGGGGCAUUUUACUCGCCUGUUGGCUCUGCAGGCCAAUGGGUUCUUCCUGAGCUUCUGUCAGGAAACACAGGCCGUUCUUGUGUCUGGCUCACCCCAGUUGGGGUUUCCCUUUUCCUGUUGCUUAGUCUCUUAGAUUAUACCCCGUACCCACUGCCAUCACCCCCGUGUCUUCUGACAGGCAGCACUGCUGUGUCGCGCUUUGUCUUCAGCCCCGAAGGCCCCUCACACACACACUGAUGUCCUCUCAUGUUCCUGAAUGGCAGGGGUGCUGCCUGCUCCCUGAGCCUCCAGUGCCCUCUCUGCCAAGCCCCAAAACACGGGACUGAGACUUCCUGUCCCUUCUACAACCCUGCUUGGUUCUCCCUGCCUGUGUGCCCCUCGUGAGAAUUAGGCAAUAUUCCCCACUGCAGAUAUGGGGGCCGCACCCUUUUCUGUGGGACACUUAGCACUCGUUUCUAUUUGUGUAUGUACAUAGCGUGAGGGCAGCAAAUCGCCAUAGUCAGCAUGUACAGGUUAAGCAAACUUAAAAAUUGUUUUUAUUCAAAUUAUAUGACUUCAGGGUUGUUAACCUGGUUAUCAUAAUGUGAUAAUUAGAAACUUUGAUAGGAAGCUUCAGAUUUCUUGAUUAAAAGCCAAAACUGAUUAAGUUUCAGGCAGUCUUUAAUAAAGGGCUUCUUGGUGAAAAGACAGAACUACUCUAUUUGGUGCUUCGUGAAAGUAUUUUGAAUCAAUGCCUUUGUCAUUUAUUGCUAUAUCUUUAUUAAAAUCACAAGUUUUCUGUCAAAUAAAUAGCAGUUUUUCAACCUUGUCUGUUAGAAUCUUUUU